CCACCAACUCCCAGCUCCGCCCACCGGCCGAUCUCGCGUGGCCGAGGGUCACGGGACCACCGGGAGGCUUGAGGCCGAAGCGCCCGCGAGGGCCCCGCCCCGCCCCUCCUGGGCUCGGAACCGCCUUCGCCCCGCCGCGCCUGAGGCAGCGGGUCCGCAGCGUCAUGUGACUCCUGCCGCGACCCGAGCCUGGGCUGGGGCCUCUGGGCGAACAGGGCCCGAUACCCAAGCGUCAGUCCGAAGGUUCCUGGCUCUGCGGGUUAGCUCUGCAGGCCGCGUCUGCUGCGUUGUCAGGCUCUGUGGACCCAGGCCUAGCUGCCCCUGUGCUAUGGAAGCAGUGUGGGCCCUCUGGCUGGCCUUGGCUGCAGGCCUGGCCGCCGACAACCCACCUAACAUUGUGCUCAUCUUUGCUGAUGACCUGGGCUAUGGGGAUCUGGGCGCCUACGGGCACCCUAGUUCCACCACCCCCAACCUGGACCAGCUGGCGGCAGGGGGACUGCGGUUCACAGACUUCUACGUGCCGGCGCCUCUCUGCACACCCUCCAGGGCUGCCCUCCUCACUGGCCGGCACCCUGUUCGGAUGGGCAUGUACCCUGGAGUCCUGGAACCCGGCUCCCGGGGAGGCCUGCCCCUGGAAGAGGUGACCCUGGCUGAGAUCCUGACCUCCAGUGGCUACCUUACAGGGAUGGCCGGCAAGUGGCACCUUGGGGUGGGACCAGAAGGGGCCUUCCUGCCUACUAAUCAGGGCUUCCGUCGAUUCCUGGGCAUCCCGUACUCCCAUGACCAGGGCCCCUGCCAGAACCUGACCUGCUUCCCACCAGCCACCCCAUGUCACGGUGGCUGUAAUCAGGGCCUAGUUCCUAUCCCACUGCUGGCCAACCUGUCUGUGGAGGCACAGCCCCCCUGGCUGCCUGGACUAGAGGCCCACUAUGUGGCUUUUGCCCGAGACCUCAUGUCUGAUGCCCAGCGCCAAGACCGUCCGUUCUUCCUCUACUAUGCCUCCCAUCACACCCACUAUCCUCAGUUCAGUGGGAAGAGCUUUACAGGGCGCUCAGGUCGUGGGCCAUUUGGGGACUCCCUAAUGGAGCUGGAUGCCGCUGUGGGGGCCCUGAUGACCGCCGUGGGGGACCUGGGGCUGCUCGGAGAGACGCUGGUCAUCUUUACUGCAGACAAUGGGCCUGAAACCAUGCGCAUGUCCCGUGGUGGCUGCUCUGGUCUCCUGAGAUGUGGAAAGGGGACAACCUUCGAGGGUGGUGUCCGAGUGCCUGCUUUGGCCUUCUGGCCAGGCCACAUCGCUCCUGGUGUGACCCAUGAGCUAGCCAGCUCUCUGGACCUGCUUCCCACCCUGGCAGCCUUGAGUGGGACCUCACUGCCCAACAUUACUUUGGAUGGCUUUGACCUCAGCCCCCUGCUGCUGGGCACAGGCAAGAGCCCGCGGCAGUCUCACUUCUUCUAUCCUGCCUACCCAGACGAGAUCCAUGGGGUCUUUGCUGUGCGAAGUGGGAAGUACAAAGCUCACUUCUUCACUCAAGGUUCUGCCCAUAGUGACACCACGGCGGACCCUGCCUGCCAUGCCACCAACCCGCUGACUGCUCACGAGCCCCCACUGCUCUAUGACCUGUCUAAGGACCCUGGUGAGAACUACAACCUUCUGGAGGGUAUGACUGAUGUCACACCAGAGGCGUUGCGGGCGAUGAAGCGGCUACAGCUGCUCAAGGCCCAGUUUGAUGCAGCCAUGACCUUUGGUCCUAGCCAGAUGGCCCGGGGUCAGGACCCUUCCCUGCAAAUCUGCUGCAAGCCCAGAUGUAUCCCCUAUCCAGUCUGUUGCCAAUGCCCAGAACUCCAGCCCUGAGGGCACUGACCAAGUGCACAGGGAAGACCCCCAAGGCCAACCUAGAGCCCCUCACCCUGCCCUUGGCAUGUGGUGGUUUAUCACCAUGAGGGCAUGUGGAGGAGUUUGUGCCUAAUAAUGUAAUAACACCAACUAAGACUUGCAGGUGUGAUGAUUGAGCUACUCCUUGUGGUAACUCUGGUACUAAUCCCCUGUUACUAAUGAAGAAACUGAGGCACAGGGAAGUUCAGGGUCUGGUUCAAGAUCACUCAGCCAGAAAGAGGUUGGGCUGGGAUUUGAAUCCAGGUAUCCUGGCUCCGGAAGCUUCUCCCAGUGAUCUGUACGUGUCAAUACAUACGUGUACACAUCAGCCCCAAACAUGGAUACAUCCACUCACAGAUCAGUAAGUGCUUUUAGGUGGCAGGAACAGGUGGGCAAGCUUGAGGGACAGUGGCCAGAAGCGCCCCAAAGAUGCAGAAUGCCUGAGAGAGACAAGUUUUCUCGUGGAGAAAUGUUCUUAGAGGUGCAGGAGCUGGUGCCUUAUUUGUAUCAGAAACCUGCUGGAGUCAGGUAACUGCACAUUCCAGGUGAGGACAAGGUGCUUAGGGGCCUGCCAGGUCCCGGGAAGGCACAUAGCAGCUCCUGAGCCGGCCCCAUGGGGCACGUUCACCUCUCAAGCUCUGCAUUUCUCCUGCAUGCAUACUUUUUGUGUCCUGGCUUCAACUUUGAUAUCUUGUGUUAGCUGUUUCCACAGAGUGAAGUGAUUGCGUAUGAUCAUCUAUCAGGUCUUGUUUCAUCAGAUCAGCAUGAAAUCCUCACUCUUUCACUGGUCCACCCUGCCCCACAGCUCCAUUGCACUCCCUUGCCCCCAAGGUAUUGGCAGACUGGUAAUCCAGCUGUGCUCUGCCUCUACCACUGGCUUCCUCUGUGGAAAGGUACCUUUUUUUUUUUUUUUUUUUUGGUACUCAGGGGUUGAACUCAAGGUCACUUUACCACCGAACUGCUUCCGUUUUAUUUUUUAUCGUGAGACAGAGCCUCACUAAGUUAUAUAGGGCCUCACUAAAUUGCUGAGGCUGGCCUCAAAUUUGCAAUCUUCCUGCCUCCACCUCCCACCUCCUGAGUUGCUGGAAUUACAGGGGAUUACAGACAUGUGCUUCUACACUUGGCUGUGAUUUUUUACCACCUGCCUGCAUGACCAGAUGGUAUGUCACAUGCCAGGUGCUCCUUGGUGUUGGUCACAUGAGAACAAUACUACCUGGGUGUGCCAGUGCCUUUGCAAGGCAAAUGCUCUCUGUUGCCUUACUCAUGAAUCCUCACUUUUUUUCAAUGGUGGUCAAAGACCCCUUGACCUCAAGGAAACAGGCUCUGUCUGAUCCAGGAGGGUAGUGACCACUCUGAACCAGUCACAGCCCAGAAAUUUGUCAAGAGUCCUGAUAGUGAAUGUUGGGGUGGGCCUCCAGGUAAGGACCUGGCUAUGGCAGUCACUGGCCCUGGAUAGACAAGGCAUAGCUGCUAAACCAAUGUCUCCAGCUGCCUACCUGCAGCACACCAAGCGUAAGAAGAUAAAACCUGUCUUUUAUUUUCUCAUGCUGGAUGUCUUACCCUCUUUAUAACCCUGGCCUGGUGCAGAGGGCAGCCAUUGCCAGUGAACUGUCAGCUACUUGCAGUGAGGAAUAGCUUUAGUGAAAUGAGCCCUGAACAGGGUGUUGUGGGCACAAGUACCUGUGUGGGUCUGUGGUGUCAGAGCCCUUCCAUACGUCCCUAUGGCGUCCCUUCACUUACCGUCUGUGUGAGAGGCUGUGCUGAUCACACCUCACAUCCUGCUGGCUUGGGUGACUCCAGAGGGCCAGCAUGCAGUGGUGGGAGCUGGCCGCAGAGGUGCCUAAGCUCACACCGAGGACAGAGCAGCUGGAGGGGACAGCAACUGUAUACCGUGUCACAAGGCUGACCCUCCAGAUGCCAACACCCAGGCACAACCGCAGACCCCACUCCAGCUCCACAUCUCUGGAAGAGCGUGGUCCUACCUCUGCUGUUAAUCGUCACCCUAUGUGCCGGACAGGCACUGUCAGAGGAGGCCCACCUACUCCCAGAGCUGGCAGUCUGGCACUGACUCCCGGGUGUCAGUGCUUUCACCGUCUCCACCUCUUGUAGGGUGGGGUGUGUGGGUAUUGCCUGGGCAGGAACAUAGGGAUGUUACAGAUGUUCCCUGUGUGGGGAAGGAGACGUGAGGCAUACAUAUGAAUAAAGUAAUCAAACUACACUAAGAUUCACAGACUUACUACAGUGUUAUAUAUUCAGUACAUCAAUAAAAACAUUCUGUGAUAAAUGCU